AUGAAAUUAUUAUUAUUAUUAUUUUUAAAAUAUAUAAUUUUGACAAAAUUAUUAAUUUUACAAGCAACAACAACAAUAUCCAAUACUAAUAACUAUUAUUGGAAUUUGAAAAAAUCCACAAAACUGAUGAAAGAACGUCAAUGUGUAUUUCCGUCAGUUUAUAAACGUAAAGCAAUUUAUGCAUGUCAACAUAUGGAUCUAUCUGCACCGAAUGAACACAUUCCUAUUGAACACAUUGAACAACCACAAGAACAUCGACAGACAUUAAAAUCAAAAUGGUGGUGUCCUCUGACUGAUAAUUUUGAUCAUUAUCCUGAAUGGCAAUUAUGUCCAGAGACUGCCUCGACAUAUGCUGGAAAUCAACCAGGUAAAUCAUGUCAUUUUCCAUUUAUAUAUCAGAAACGUUUAUAUUCAACAUGUAUACGUCAUGUUGGUGAAUUGAAUUUUGAACAUAUCAAUGAUACUAUACCAAUUGAUAAUGGUAAAACUGGUUAUUGGUGGUGUGCAACUACUGGGGAUUUUGAUUUUGAUGGUUUAUGGACAAAAUGUCGACCACAAUUACCAUAUCAAUUACCAUGUUAUUUUAAACAAAAAUCUACAACAAUUAUUGGCGGUUUAAUUAAAUCUAGUGAUUAUGAAUGUCAACCAUUUGUUGGUCAUUGGAUAUGUCAUACAGAGUUGAAUCAGCUACGUGAAUGUCCACAAACAACUACACAGAAUGUUAAUAGUAAUACUGAUAAUAAUAAUAAUCAGAUUAAAACUGAAGGUGGCAAUGAUCCUGGUUUUCCAUGUCAUUUCCCAUUUCAAGCAACUUUAUCCAAUCCGAAGAAACCACAAAAUUUUACACAAUGUCUACCUGGUAUUACCAAUCUGGAUAAUAGAUCACAAAAUUCCCAAUAUUUAUUAAAAAUUUAUCCAACAUGGAUUGGUUAUUGGUGUGCAACUACCGAGAAUUUUGAUCGUGAUCAAUUAUGGACACGAUGUAAUUUGAAUAUGUUGCCAAAAACGCAUUUCUAUGCAAAUAAACAAACAUUUUCAUUAGCAGAAAUUUGGACCAGAUUAAAUUGGUUACCAAUGUUGUCGAAUAAAGAAAUUGCGGAAUUUUCAAAUAGACAUUUUCUUGUUCAUGAAAAUUCAUUUCAACAAUCAUUUCAUUUCAUUGAAUAUUUACGUACAUCAUGGGAAUUUUUUAUGCGAACAAGUUCACCACCUUAUCAUCAUCAUCAUAAUAAUAAUAAUCAACCUGAGAAGAUCACUUCCAAUCAAAAUAACUUAGAAUUAACAUGGUGGCUAUGGUUGACACCAUUUUGGUGGUUCACUACUACAACAACUUACAAACAAUUGAAUCAUACUGAUCCGAUCGAUAAACUAUUUUCUACCCGAUCAAUACCAACAUUCACCGAUUACAACGCACAACCGAAUCCGCUGAUUCAUGGUUUACAGUUGCCGGCAUGGUUAGAUGAUUGGAGUGAAUCAGCAUGGGAUGAUUAUGCGAUGAAUAUGAAAACACGAUGGCGUUUCUUAUUAACACAUAUUUAUUAUAAAUGGUUACAAUCAUGGUUAACAGCAUUUUCAAUUGGUUUUCUAGUUGGUAUCCUACUCAUUGUGAUUAUUUCAUCUUUGAUAUUGAUUUAUUUGAAAAAAUCACUGCGUAUACAAUUGGUGAACAAAUUAUUAUUACAAUCAAACUAUUCUUCUCAAUCAACCAUGUAUUAUCAUCAAUUGGAGAAAACUAGAAAUGGCGCGAAAUUCAGCAUCACUCCAAUUAGACCGUUAAAACAAAUUGGCCAGUUGAACAUUGAUCAAAAGUGUGCGAAUGUGUUGCAUUCCAAAGCAUUGUAUUCACAAACUGACUGCCUUGUCAAUAAUAAUAAUAAUAAUAGUAAUAAUAACAUUGAUAAUAACGAUCUGAUAAUCACAACACAUCCUGUCCAUGAUUUGGUGAAUUUAGAAGACAGUGAACAACAUUCCUUAGAUAAAUCAAUAAAACCAAAAAUCGAUACAUGUUGUUGUGAUUAUUUAUGCAAUAGUAAUAAUGAUAACAAUAGUAAUAAUGACAAUGAUGUGAACAAUACUACUGAUAUUUGUACCAUGAGUAGUAUUUUAAAUCAUGAUAAUAAUUAUCAUCAUUUUAGUGAAUCUAUUAAAUAUUUAUUAGAUGAAUUUAUUAUUCAACAUUCCAAUCUUAAUAUUACGAAUAAUAAUGAGGCUUAUUUUAAACAAAUUUAUCAUCUGUCUAGUAAUCUUUACAAAUAUUUACAUGCACAUGACUCUGAUGUAGAGGAUUUGACGAAAUGCUGUUGCAGUCUACAUGACAAUACUGACGAAUUAUGUCAUCAUGGACAAGUAUGCCGUUGUUGUUGUCAUCUUUGUCGUCGUCGUCAUCAUCAUCAUCAUCAUCAUCAUUGUACCGGCCUACAUCACUGCGCAUCGAAUCAUCAACGAUGUGAUUAUUGUGGUCAGAAACAGAAAUUCCCCAUAGACUAUCAUCCCAACUGUUAUGACUUGAAUUAUAUGACUACACAUGAAAGUGAGAUGAUGAUGAGUGAAAGAACUGAUCAGUUGGUUAUUGAACCAAGCGCUCCACCGCCAAGCUAUGAUCAGAUUGCACCGAUUUUGUAA